GCAAUGGCACGGCCGGUUAAGAGGCAAGCAUCAGGAGCACCAGCAGCAGAGGAGAUUAAGGAGGAACACCUUUUGGCUUUCAUUGUGAAGGACAAAUAUGAUAAUAAGGAUGAAUGCAAAAAAAGGCUCAAGGAAUAUUGCGAUGAUUUGGAGAAAAUAGAUGGGAAACUAGAGAAUGUGGAUGAUAAAGUUAAAGGACUUUGUGAAGGGAAAGAGAAAAAAUGCGAAGAACUGAAAGACAAAGUUAAAAAUGAACUUGAAGCAUUGUCAGAUGACAUACAAGAUGAUGAAUGUGAAAAAUAUGAAGAAAAAUGUAUACUUUUAGAGGAAGCAGACCCAACUAAUCUUAAGAAUGACUGUGUCCAGUUGAGGGAAGGAUGUUACAAAUUGAAGCGUGAAAAGGUGGCAGAGGAGCUCCUUUUGAGGGCGCUCGGAGGGGAUGCUAAAGAUGAUGGUAAAUGUAAAGAAAAGAUGAAAACUGUUUGCCCAGUGUUAAGCCGAGAAAGCGACGAAUUGAUGUUUUUCUGCCUUGAUUCGGAUGGAACGUGUAAAGCGCUGAAAACAAAAUUGGGCGAAGUUUGCCAGCCUUUAAAAGUAGAGCUUAAAAAUAACGAAUUAGCGGAGAAGUGUCAUGAAAGACUUGAGAAAUGUCAUUUUUAUGGAGAAGCGUGUGAUGAUUCAAAGUGUGAUGAGGAUAAAAAGAAAUGCGAGAAAAAUGGAGUCAUAUAUAAAGCGCCAGAAUCUGAUUUUAGUCCGGUCAAGCCGAGGGCGUCGUUGUUGAGAAGUAUUGGGUUGGAAGAUGUUUAUAAAAGAGCUGAAAAAGAAGGAAUUCUUAUUGGAAAAGUAGGAGUGGAUCUACCAAGAAGGUUUGGUGAUGAUUUUCUGAAAGAUCUCUUGCUAGUGUUGAGCCAAGAUGAGGAUAAGACGGAUGCAACAAGUAAAUGCACUAAAGCGUUAGGAAAAUGUGAUGCUUCUAAGCAUUUGGAUGAUGAUUUGGAAAAGUUAUGUGAUGAUAAACAAAAUAAUCAAAAGAAAUGCAAAGAAUUACUAAAUGUAGAAGAAAGAUGUACAAAUCUCAAAUUAAAUCUUUAUCUGAAAGAUUUGUCUACAGAAUAUGAAAAAACUAAAAAAUCAACACUUUUAUUCUGGAGAGAACUGCCAACCUUAUUUACAAAGGGAGAGUGUGCAGAACUUGAGUCGGAAUGUUUUUAUUUAAAAAAGGCGUGUAAAGAUAAGGAGAUUGAUGAAGCAUGUCAAAAUGCACGAGCAGCGUGCUAUAAAGUGGGAAAAGAUAGGAUGUUGAGUACGUUGUUUCGAAAGGAAUCGAAGGGGGAGUCUGGUCAUAAAAGAUAUUAUAACCAUCCUGAGGAAUGCCAAAAAUCUGUGGUAAAAGACUGUAAAAAACUUGAAAAUAAAGAUAAGAGAUACCUUCCAAAGUGUCUUUAUCCUAAAGAACUAUGUUAUAUGCUUUCAGAUGAUAUUUUCCUUCAAUCCAAAGAGUUGGGAGCGCUUUUGGAUGAUCAAAGGGAUUUUCCAUUAGAAAAGCAUUGUGUUGAAUUGAAGGAGAAGUGUGAUGAACUUGAAACUUAUUCACAUUCGAAUUCGGAAAAGUGUAUAACAUUGAGAAGGCGCUGUGAAUACCUUAGAGUUUCAGAGGAAUUUAGAAAAGUAUUUUUAAAAAGAAAAGAUCAUGCAUUAUAUAAUGAGCAAAACUGUACGGAGGUGUUGCAAGAAAAAUGUAAUACUUUAUAUAGGAGGAGAAAGAAUUCAUUUAGUGUUUCAUGUGCUUUGCCAGGAGAAACAUGUGAAUAUAUGGUAUACCGUACAAAAGAUGAAUGUUUUUAUUUAAGUGGCAACAUGGAGGAUGAAAAAAUUGUAGAAGAAAUUGGAAAGAAAAAAGCAAAUGAAACAGCACUCGAAGAACUCUGCACAACAUGGGGCCGACAUUGUCACCAACUUAUGGAGAAUUGUCCAGAUAAGUUGAAAAAAGAAAGUGAUAACGAAGAUCAUAACUGUGACAAACUCGAAGAAAAAUGCAGUGAUACCUUUAAAAAGUUGAAAUUGAAGGAGGAGCUAACUCAUCUGUUGAAAGGAAGUUUAAAUGAUAAAAAAAAAUGUACAGAAACAUUAGGAAAGAAUUGCACUGAGUUGCAAAAGAAUGAUACAUUCAAAAUUCUGCUUAGUGAUUGUAAAGAUUCCUUGGAAAAUGUUUGCACAAAAUUAGUUGAAAAAGUACAGAAGAGAUGUCCUGCUUUAAAAACCGAUCUAGAGGAAGCGAAAAAAGAGUUGAAGGUCAAGAAAGAAGAAUAUGAUGCGCUCAAAAAGGCAGCAGAAGAAUCCAGAAAUAAAGCUAGCUUAUUGCUAUCAAGGUCUAAACAAGCCGUAACACCAAGUGGACAGAAUGGCAGUGAUUCUGUACCAGCACAGGUACAGCCAGCACCAGCAGGGCCACCAUCAGCACCAGGGUCGCCAUCAUCACCACCAUCACAAAAUGGAACGCCAGGUGCACCAGAUGGAACGACAGACACAGCAGGUGGAACGACGAAUAAUGCAAAACUUGGACUCGUUAAAAGAGCGUAUGUAGAUGAAGGUGUAUCAGAAGCAGAGGUAAAAGCAUUUAAUGCAACGACAAUAGCAUUGGAAUUGUAUUUGGAAUUGAAAGAGGAAUGCAGCGCUUUACAACUAGAUUGCGGUUUUAAAGAGGAUUGUCCAGAUACUAAACAAGCUUGUAAAGAAAUAGAAGAGUUAUGUAAACUGGAAGCAUUAAAAGUUGCGCCUCAUCAUACAGAGACAAUAACAGAAACGAAGACAGAAACGAAGACGGAAACAAAGAUGGAAACAAAGACUGAUGACAAGGCUGAUGAGAAGACCGGUACGAAAACUGUUACAGAAACCAAGACAAUAGGUGGAGGAAAAGUAACAGAAGAGUGUACAUUAGUCAAGACAACAGAUACAUGGGUGACGAGUACGUCAUUGCAUACGAGUACGACAACGAGUACGUCAACGGUGACGUCGACAGUGACGUUGACUUCGAUGCGCAAGUGCAAGCCUACCAAAUGUACUACUGAUUCAAGCAAAGAGACACAGAAAGAAGAAGAAGAAGAAGUAAAACCAAAUGAUGGGAUGAAAAUAAGAGUUCCUGAUAUGAUUAAAAUAAUGUUGUUGGGAGUGAUUGUUAUGGGGAUGAUGUAAAAUGAAUGAAAAAAAUGUUAAUAGAAUGAAAAUGUGCAUAUAUCCAUUG